GAGACCUUCAGGACGGCCCCAAGACGGGCCAAGAAGGCUCCAAGAUUGCCGAAGAGGUGCCCUCCGUAACCAUUUUGGCUCAAGUCUUACGUCGGUCAAGUGUUGUCCACUGCGCGCGAUAUUUCCAAUGCUGGAUACCAGACACCAUAUUUACAUAUGGACGUGGUUGAAACAUGUCGCCCGAACGGUCUUGCUUUGUAUGGCCAGAAACUUAUUGACGCAGGUUUUACUUUGUGCUCUCUGUGCCAGAUCUCAGCUGAUGACCUGAGCAAGCUCGACAUUCCACCGUCAGCGCAGAAGGAGAUAUUUUUCAUGAUCCAUGGGCGAACUUGGGAGCCUGCGCGCAACUCUGCGUCCCUCGUCGUAAAGGAGAUCAUGCCGCCGCCGGCGGAGGCGUGGGGACAAGCUGAUGACCCGCUCGGCCCUGCGCCUGUGCUGGGUAAACGCGACUCCUCCGUUGUAGUUUCUAUCACCGCCCGUCAGAGUAACGCCGACAGUGGGAGAGGUAGCACAGCGAAGUCUUCAGCGAAGUCGGCUAGCACUUCGUUUUCACUGAGUCAAUGGUUUGAAAAUUUCGUGGGUGAAGCUGUUCGGCUGAGCGACAAGCCGGGCGCGAAGAAGAGUAUAUCGCGCAUGAUGGCGCUCAUCCUCGUACCCUUCGCAGUCUCUUUCAGAGCCAUGGGCUACAGGUGGGCCUCGAACAAUGGCACGCCCGAGUUCUCACUCUUCUUGCCAUCGAUGUUUGGAGCGAUCAUCGGGGCUGGACUAGGCAGCCUACUGCUUGUGGCGAAAUUCGGCUUCGAUGCCACACGAAGAUUGUUUCAGAAACAGUAUGUACUCGUGUGCGGUAUAGGUGUGCUGCGCGGUAUCAUGUUUGCGUGUGAAAAUGUUGCUCUCGCAAACGUUGACUCACUAAUUUUCGCUGUGACAAUGAAGUUUGCGAUUGUCCCUUGCCUCUGCAUGGAGGCACUUGCCAAUAGAGCAUGUCCCGCUGAUGCUUUGCAGAUGCUGACCAUCAUGAACGCACUUGUUGGCAUCUGUUUGUUCUUGAUAUCAUCGUCAUCAGAUGGUGUUGAAAUCAGCAUUCUUGGGGUCGUAUUCUCCAUACUCGCAUCGAUGGCCGAUGCACUUGCUGACGUAUCGAUGGGCAAUGUGUCGGGUAGACUUAUGGCGCGCACAGAAAAUGUAGGUGCUGAGCGAGUCCGGUGUAUUGUUGUCAUGGAGUUAUCCAAAGCAUUAGCGUUCAUGCUUAUACCGAUGGCAUUUGAAGCACGCGUUCUGCUUGACAAGGGCAUUCUACAUGGAUUCGACAACAAAGUUCUGAUUGGUGCAGUAUUGGGCCCGGAGCUGAAAACAAUAUGGUUCAACGUGAUGGUAAUAAUCAGUGGCGCAUUGCCAACAAACUUGGCCGCCGCCUUCGACCUUACAGUCACAUACAUCCUCAAGGUGACAGUUUUCAGGACAGAGGACUUCGGGGCUACAGCUUUGCUUUUGGCAAUGAUUACCUGCGCCAUCUUGGCCUACUUCAUCCACAUGAUACUCCUGGUCAAUGCGCAAGAGGCUGCCGUGCAGGAAGUUCGCGGGAGACUCUCAAGACGGUUUAGUGAAGACAACGUCCUGAGUCGGCGUUUGUCGCAAACGAGCAUAGCCCCGGCCUAGGAGUCGACGCCGUAACAGAGCCGUGGGAAAGGCGUCCAAUCCCAGCCACUCUCGAAACAUGAAGACACAGGGCUAGUUUCUGUGAUCGAGACAGAAUGGAUAGUGUUUCUUCCUUGCUUGGGGCACGACGGGCGUCAUGACCCCCGCCCCCCCCCCCCACCCUAUGACGUAACGCUCCCCCCCCGUGCGCUCCAG